GCACUGAACGCUGAAGAUACACAGAGAUUUAUUUGUAUUUAGAAAUAAGUCUGUAACAACUACACAGCGAAGAAGCCGUCUAGCUAUGUUAAAGAACUUCGCCAGCAGGAUCAUAUUCUGGAGUAAGCAACUAUGGAAGUACGAGGAAGGAAAGGAUCUGUUGAGAUUUCCACACCUAACCCAACUAAGCCAGUAGGGACCGUGGCAUUGAGGAACUUCACCAUACCCAGGAAGAAGCGGUUGUCUGGACAAGUUCUCCUGGAGCCUUGUCCAGAAGACAGUCGCGAUUACACUCUUAUUCAGUCCAAACUGAGAGAAUCCAGAUUAGACAUGAGGAAGGAGCAUGCCAAUACAUGGCUGUGGAAAGAUGUCAAAUUAGUGCACAAUGAUGGGUUUCUUAAGGAAUUCUCUGAAAAAAGGUCAGAGAUGCGUACAAAAGGUAGACAUGGGAGAGAAAUGGAAGAACGAUUUUGCUUCUUAGUAGGAUCUUCUGAAACAACAAGUCAGAUUUACCAGUUUGGAUUAAGGACCGAGAGCCAGGAUCAGUAUUCUUUGGGAAAGUCCUCACAUGGGGUUUAUUUGUUUAAGCAUGUUGAUGUGGCUCUGAAGCAUGCAGCGGCAAGCGCAUGUAGUGGAAAAAAUCUGAUUGUUUUCAAGGUGCUCUUUGGAAAGGUGAAAAAAGUCACACCAAGUUUGGAGUGGAACAGAACCGUAGACCCUAUGGUUGGCUUUGACUGUCACAUGGCAAAAGAUGCCGUUUCUUAUCGUGACGGUCUUUCCCAGCAGGUUUUGGGCUCAUCGGUGUUUCUAUUCGACUACAAUGAAAACCAGGAACUCAACAAACGGCCAAGGCAAUGUUUGCCAUAUGCUGUGGUUUCAUUUGCUACAGCCAUUAGUGCUACAGCACCAACAUCCAUAAGUCCACCUGUUUCACCCACUAAACCUUCUGCUGGCCUUAUGCAUGGCCCUCUAGAGCAUUUGAAAGGCUGCACUGUGGCUAAGAGAACAGGCAAAGGAGAGAAUGCCACAGUGAUAUUCAAACGUUUUGCAACACAAGGCUGCCAAGGCAUGGAGUACCAGUCACAAACUCCAGGAGCAGAAGCUAAUGGAGUUGAUGCUACUCCAUUUCAAUACAACGAUCUGCAAACACCUCCUCCUUUUAUCCCUCAGCUGCCAUAUAGGCCUUAUUAUAAUACAGCAGAAUAUUUCAAUCCUUCACUACCGUAUUAUGGCAAUAGCAUUCCAUGGCAAAAUUAUAUGGACCAACCUGCAUUCCUUUCAAAUAUACACAACCAGAGCACCACAAGUAUCUGCGGAGGUAAUACAGACACCUUAGAGGCAAUACCUCAAACCUCAGCAGAAAAAAUCUCCACCAUUGUUUAUUCAUCACGUCUGGUUAAGGACCCAAGAUUAUCCAGGCAAGAAACAAACAUACAGAAGAAAAGUUCAGAGGAAGAAAGUGCAUCUAAUGUUCCAGAGUGUGAGGAACAGGGAUGCCAGGCACACUCACAAAACCAAAAAGAAAAGAAUGAAUUCACUUUAUCUUGUGAGAAACAGUCACUGGAACUGGAUGAGGAACAAAAAGAGGGCAGGUACCUUAAACCCUCACUGGAUGGUCCAAGCAAAUCCAAUCCCAAUGCACAGCCAAAGACUGAAAAUAUGCCUUCAAUUAAGUUAUUUAAAAUGAAAUUCCAGAAAUAUGCUGCAUAUUUCAAGAUGACAGAGGAGGAGAGGCGCACAACAAUAUGGUCCAAAGGAAAUUUGACCCCAGAGCAAAAACAAUUAUUGAUUGACCGCAUACAUUUCUAUGAGAUGCAUCACCAAAAGUAUAAACAGGGACUGCUUUUUCAAAAAGACACAGAGACAGAAACUGCCUUCAGUUCGUCUCAUACAGAGCCCCAAAACAAUGAAGUCUGCCCGUCCACACUGCAACGUUCCCCUUUAAUGACAAAAGGGAACCAAUGUGAAGUGAAUCAGUCUCAUAUGAGCCAUUCUGUAAGUGAUAAUGUUUCUAAUUUGACAUCCACAACAGUAUUGGUGGACACUGAGAGAAAUACAGUAGAUAUACAGAAUACAGACAAUGAUAAUUUGAGCCAGAACAUUUCUAUGCCGAAAGAAAAUUGUAUGCAGGAAAAAGAUCCUUCUCCAGAUUCUCAGAUUAAGCCUCAAGAUGGUGGUAUGCUUCAAACUGUAAAAGAAAAAGAAAGGAUUUCAGAGAUGUUCAUUGUGCAGGGUACAAUGCCAUCAGAUCCUUCAGAAAAGAGCAAAACUUUAGAAAAUACACAUGAUUUUGCACAAUCUUUCUGUCCUUCAAAACAAGUUGAGAUAAAUAACCAAGAUGUCCAUGAAAGUGAGAUUCCCAUAAGUCCAAAGGAGUCCUUUGCAUGUAAGCCUACACUAAAUAAUAACAUAGGAGACUAUCCUGAAUUUGAGCAACACAUAAUAGCCAUGGAAGUAGCAAACUGUGUUGACAUCUCAGCUUCUGAGGUACCAGAAUGCAAUGACUGCUCCUAUGCUACUGCAAUGGAGCAAGAGCAGGAUACUCAUUGUAGUACUGAAAAAGAAGACAGGGAAGCAACUCUUUCUAAAUCUGAUGUAAAUUCUGAGAUGUCGAUAGAGGUUGAGAGGGAAGAAGUACAACACAACAACACUAUUUACAAUGCAUUAUAUAAAAGAUUACAGCUAGAUCAGCUAUUGCCCAGUUCAAAUGGAGCAAGCCUUUUCUCCAACAACUCUUAUCUCAGGCCAAAAGUUCUGGACAAAGCCCUUGUCAUCAAUCUACCAGAUAGUCAUGUUAAUGAACCAGUGUCAAAGGAAGAAGACCGCCAGCUUAUAGUUAAGAUAAAAUCCAGCCAGACACCCCCAGCAAGACUUACGCUUUCUGAACGAUUCUCAAAAUUGAGAUGCCUUGGUCAGAAGCUAGCAACCUUUGUUCUUGUAAAUAGGUUAACCAAUGGCUACACAGCUCAUCUCAAUGGAGAUCUAAACUGUAAACCAGAAGCACUAAUCUCAUGUAGCGAUGGAGACAAAGGAACAGGAAACAAUAAUACUGAAUUGAUUAAAAUCAUGGCACAGAGGUACAAUGAAAAUAGGUUCACCGCAAAUUGUAAACGCCUUAGACAGAAACGUUCAAAGGCUCUGUGCAGAAAAAGCUCAAUCUCCAGUGUACUGAGUAAAAGAACUUCACGUCAAUUGCCAUUUCGUGUUCAGAGGAAGACAAAGCAUAUUAGAAAGCGUCAGCUGCUGAAAGCAAAGAGAAAAUGUCAAACAAAACUAGCCUUAAAAAUUAGUUCUCGUGGUCUAGCCUCAUUUAGCAAGUUGACUUCUGAUUCAUUAAAUGGCCUUUCAUGUACCGAGACAGCUAAUGAUGUUGACAAAGAUUCUGAUUCACAUCUUAAUUCAGCUACUGCAUCUCAGUCUGGAUCUCAAAGCCAUGACAAACUUCUGAACAAGGGGUCCAGUCAGAAUGAUAUUUCCACUAAUAUUUCAACUGAAGAGGGUUCUCAAACAAAAGGACAGUGCAUUAAUCCUUCCAAACAAUCAACAGGAACUGUCCAUCAUGAUGUUUCAAAGAUUUCAAACCAUAAUGAUAUCAACAAAUCACAGGAAAACAUCACUUUAGAUUCCAAAGAUCCAGUAAUAAUUCAGGAAAUGGAAACAGAUAGCGGAACAAACAGUGACAAGACCAAUCAUCCAGAAAAAUCCUCCCUGGUCACAUGUUCUGGCAGUAAUGAGUCAAGUAAUGGUGAGAGUACAGAAGCAGAACACAAGGAAGAGGCAUUGUUACAGAAAAAGCUAUCUCAGGAGGACAGUUGUUACACUAAAGAGAUUUCGUCUGAUUACAACACUGGAGCUUAUGAGGACACAAGUAGCCCUGUUCCCACUAUCUCAAGUAUCUCUAGUGAUAUAACCUCAGGUAAUAUGAUCAGCAGCUGCACUGCCAAAGCCCAGACGGCCAUGACUCCAGAUUCACCUAGAGCAAUGAAUAAUGAGACAGACACACAAACCGAGCCCAGUAUUCUUGGGGACAAUGCUGUGGACAAUUCUAGUAGUGGUUUAUCCCAAAGGGUAUCGAGUACUAACAAAUCAGGAGAGACCAAUAAAAAUGCCAAUCUUCAAGACAGAGAACUAUACAAUAUCCCAAAGAGCAAAGAUGCAAAUGAAAAGGGGUUAUUUUCAAGAAAAGAGAUGUCAGAUGCAGACCAGAACUGCUUAAAAGCACUGAAAGGUGCCAAGGAUGAUGUUGCAGGGAUCUUCACAGAGAACACAAAUCAUCCUUCUGAGCUAGCUUCAGGUUCUCAAUGCCAACCUUCUUUACAGGAUACUAAAAGCAGUGGGAUAAUGAACUCGCUUGUAGAGACAACAUCAGCUUUCCACAGCAGAAUCAUUAAAGAUGCACAAGAAGACCUUGCUGGGAUUAAAGACAAUCUGCAUUCAGCCUGGCAAGGACAAGACAAAAAUAGCCUCCCAACUACUUCAGAUACCCAAAUAAUUUCUAAACUGAGAGAUUAUUUAACCAAAUUUGAAUUCACUGUCAAAAAACAGGACACUGUCAAUAACUCGAUAACGGAGGCUGUUGUUCCAACGGCAUGGAUAACUUUGGAUAGUACAGCUCACAAACAACAAUUACACAACACAAGACACUACGACAGACAUGGUUCGGCUGAUAUCACACUUAAACAGAGUGAAACUGUACAUUUCCAAGUAGCCCCUACCAAACACAAGCAAAGUAAUGGGGACAGUCAGCCUAACAGCUCUAUCUCGAAGAGGAGGAGAACAAGUAAUAUAGAAAGGGUCAGUCCAGAUAGUACCUUUACUGAAACAAUCAGAAAUGAACCAAAUUCACAUCUGGUAAACAAGGGCGCGCAACCACAUCAGACUGCCUCUGGCGUACCAAACACGAACCACUGGUUGCAAAAUCAUGGAAAUAAACUGCAGGAAAAUCAAAACAUCUGUCCCCAAUUUUUAGGAAAUCUAAAUCUAAGCAGAUCAAGUGGACAGCAAGGAAACGGACCAAAAGAACAGCCAUGCCAAGUCAAUCAAUCAAAUGAACAAACCACACCCGAAAAAGUACAUAUAACAUACAUCCAGAAUAAGUACAGUGUCACUGACAUCUCCAAUACUCUAAAAAUGGCUGACCACGCAGUUUCCUUGACAGAACUUGGUCCCCUGCAGUCAAAAUGCAAAAGAAUGCUCCAACAUUUUAUCUCCAACUUCGAACAAGAUCAGAAGGAUUCUUUCCACCAGUCCUGCAUUUCAAGAAAUCUGAUCUUGGAAAAAUAUCUAGAUCAUCCACCUGUACCAGUGGAGUUGAAGUUUGAGGCAAUAAAUUCUUUCUUGGAACUACAGAUGAUAAUCGAGGCUUGCCAAUUUGUUGACAACAAAAUAAAUUUCCUGAGAAGAAAACCAACAUUUAGGAGUUUGCUGUGGUAUGAUCCUUCUCUCUAUGGUGAACUCUAUAAAGGCUCUGUUGGGUUUCAGCAACAAUCAUCAUUGUUUUCAUCGUUCCAGCAGUGCCUUACCAACGAUGACUACAGAAGAUUGCGGGAAUACUAUUGUGCAGUGUCCACUUUGCACCAGCAGCUACAAGAUGCCCCUGACACGUCGUACUACAUGUACCUGAAAACCAAGCGGGAGAGGCUCGAAACAGAAGCUGCAUUUAGAAAUCCCUCGGAUGUUAAGAGCUUCUUUUUAUCUGUACCAACAGCCAUAAUGAUCAAUUUAGGAGACAGCUUGGAAAUUUUGAAAAAGACGUACGAUUUAGUGUCGGCGUUUAUUGAGACACCGGCAGAUCGUUUGCCAGGCACGUUUGAUGUAGGAAAAGCUGAGCAUCUGUCCAUUAUAUGCAGGUAUCUCCAAGAAAAAAUGCUCUUCUUGAAAUCCAAUAAAGAAAUUACUAAAAUUUCAUGGUUUGGGAUGGAACAUCUUCUGUAUGACGCAUCAAAGGUUCUUGUAUGGAGUGAAUCGGAGCAUGGGAUGCCGAAUGAAGUGCUGAGGAAAUACAAUAGGUUAAAUUCAAAAAUUGUUUAUGGGGUGACCGAGAAUUGUGUACCCCUUGUUAACGAAAUCGAUCAGCCUCUAAAGCCUAUGGAUAUUGUGAAAAUCACACCACCACAGCAAUUGAAUGCUAUCAGAGUCCCAUCAGCAGCGGUAUCCACUGAGAGGACUCAAGGUGCACUGAACAUUCAAAUGGAAGAUGGAACAAAAGACAACACACCCAGAAGAAGAGCAACAUAUCCAUCCGCAAGACGUAACUUCAGUGAUGGUGUUACCCCACUUAAUCAGCCCAGUCUGGCAGCCCAACCUGGAAGCUCACCUCUUUACACUGAUUUCACCCAAACAAGUAAUGCAUUGCAUUGGAGGAUUCCCAGAAAUCCUGCUUGGGACUGGAGACCACCAGAACCUAUACAAUCAACAUCACACUCCCAAAUAAGGGCUCUACUUUUGUCUAAGAGGAUGUCUACACCACCCACAAAACCGAGGACAACAUCUUUGACAGAUCUUCAAAACAGCCAUGCAGUCAGACAGCAAAAAUUGUCACAACCAUUGAUUGUGAAACCUAUACCAAUUGAGAGAAGUAAAGCUCAGCCAAUAAUCAGUGCACUUCAGCAUCCAGAGCUCUUAAAUGAGCAAACAAACGAGUUCAGCAUGCCUAUGAUACCACCAUUUCCUUUCCCAAGUUUCUCCCCAGACGUACCCUCAGUAAUCCCUCCGCCUCUUCCACCACUACAAUUCUCCAGCACUUCGCAUCAAGGCUCACUGCAUACCAAUUCAACACCAAUAAGCUACCCUUUCUUUGUCUUCAAUGGGCAAACAUACUCCACUACAGGCUCUUCAUUGCCUGUGUCAGCCCGUCAUACUGAAACUCAAUAUCUUCCUCGCCCUGUUUAGAGAGAGCAUACAGUAUUUGAUACUGUUAGAAUCUAUGUUCUUUUCUUAAAAAUGAAAAUAGAUUUUGAUUCGAAAUCCAUAGAUUUCUGAACCCUCCACCCAUGUUAUGUCUCUCUCUAAUAUGCUCCUAACCGGCUUACCUUAUAUGUUUAACAUGUUAAUUGUAAAUAGACAAAAAAAAAAACCCAGGAUCUGUUUAUACUGUAAUAGCUUUGUGAAUAGAUGUUACAUUUUGGUUUUUUUUUUAAUGAAUAAUAUAUUUUAACAUUAAAUUGUUUAUAUGUUUAUAAUGACUAAAAAUGCACUUUGUUUUAUAUUGUCAAAACUGUUAAAUAUAUGUUUGAAAAGCAGAACUCAAGGCAUGUUUUCUUCACAGUACUAGGGUUGGCAUGAAAAUAUCUUGGAAACCAACUAAGAAAAAUUGCUCCCCACAAAUAGGGUCAUGAUGUGACAUGGUACUCAAACUUCCUGAAUACAUACACUGAGUUACUAUAAACUGGCAACUUAAUAGUUAUGUUUAAAUGCAAAUAAUAGCCCUACUAAAUUCUUCCUUUAGACCGAACCAAUAUGUUUAAAUGGUAACGAGUCCACUUAUAUUGCUAUUUACAUACAAAAGUCAAACUCUCUAUGAAGCAUCUAUACAUUUACCCAUGUACAAGUUUCCCUCUCUGAAUCAAACAGUUUGUUAUUUGCGUAUUACACCUGCUACAAUAAUAAUAAUUAAUUUCACAGAUCCUUACAUGACUAGAGUCAUCUGGCUAAAAGUGGGGUCAGUGAUUGUAAUUCAGAAAACGUCUAAUAAGAUUUAGCAAUGUUCUCCUCACUUGUAGCAACUUGUGAACCAGUCCUGUAGUUGCAUGGCAUGAGUAACCUUUGAUCGUUUUAACAUAUGAAGGUGGGGAACCAGUUGAUCCCUUUCAAGUAUGUAGAGACCUGACCAAUUACAGCCAGAUGUGCUUGUUGAACAUCCCAUUAUAGAUUUAGUUCCCGCCUCGCUGGCAUCGCACCCAAUGACGUGCUUCCUCCAAGACACAUGAGGUCCUGGUGAACAGUGGGGUUGAGGUCAGGGCUCUGUGCUCUUAAUUUCUUCCACAUCAACCUUAGCACACCAUAUCUUUCAAUUGCAGUGAAGGGGAAUUCUUAAUGCUACAUCUUACAAAGACAAUCUGGACAACUAUGUUCUUCAUACUUUAUGGCAACAGUUUGGGAAGGCCAAAUGGUCAGGUGUCCACAUACUUUUGGCCAUAUAGCGUA